AUGGGUAGAAGAAAAAUCGAAAUUCAGCCAUUGACGGAUGAUAGAAAUCGAACUGUUACGUUUGUUAAAAGAAAGUCAGGGUUGUUCAAGAAGGCUCAUGAGCUUGCAGUUUUAUGUCAAGUCGACUUGGCAGUCAUUAUAAUUGGAAACAACAAUAGGGUGUACGAAUUCAGCUCUGUUGACACCAAGGAAUUGAUCCUGGCUUAUGAGAAAAUGCCUAGAGUGCAGGAGCUGAAGGGUCCAGAGAAUUACGGGGGUCCUUACAAGAAGAAGAAGCAUAUAACUACAAGGUUUGGUAACAAUUUAGAUGAUGAUAUCUCUAUUGAAGGGGAAGAUAUUGAUUCCGACUAUGAUAGCGAUUCGCCAGACCCCAAAAGAGUAAAGAGAAGCUAUGACCAAAUGAAAAAUGAAUCGCAGCCUGGCAGUAAAGUUGCUGGCAAGGGUGGUUACCCCCAAAGGCAAACACCAUCGCAUAUUUCAUUAAGUAACGUUCCAGGAUUCAACCCAGGUCCCUCAUUCAAAACGGAUGAAGAGCAACAGAAGAUAAUCCCAGGCGGUGUAGCAGGACACCACAGACCUGUACUAAGAGUUCAAAUUCCAAAUGAUGCAAUGGCGAACGCAGAUAGUGCCAAGACAAUCACUGCAGUUGAUUCUUCGAUAAAGCCAGCUGGAGGGGACAACAAGGAAAACAGUCUCAAUAAUAAAAAUGGGGUGGAAUCUGGCAAUGGAAAGUAUGUCAACAAUAAAAACAGUCACUUGUCGAUACCGCAGAAUGGUGGAGGAAAGUCUGGCGACAAAGGUGCUAGUCCCAUAAAUGCGCCUAGUAUAAACACAUCGAAAUUUUCCAACUUUGGAACGUUCAAGUCGCCCGAUUCUCGCAAACCAACGCUACCAUUACCAUUGCUGUUUAAUAGUAAGUCGCUGACAUCUUCUCCAUCGAGUGCCACUGCUUCACAUCAAUUGCCUUUAAAUGGAGUAUCAUAUGGGGGAAUACCACAAUCUUCACCAUCAUCUCAGUAUGCCCCUAAUUUCGCAGUUUCGAGUCAAGCCUAUCAACAGCAACAACAGUACAUGCAACAACAAUAUCAUAUACAGCAACAACAGCAGCAGCAGCAACAGCAGCAGCAGCAUCAACAACAACAACAACAACAACAACAACAACAAAAUCCUCUUGGUGCGCAACUUCAAGCACAAGUUCCUGGUACUAACUCUUCAGCUAGUUCAAACAUAAAUAACCAGAACAACAACACAGACAACACUCCGAAUACGACUGGCACGAAUCCAAAUACUCCCAAUCUAUACAAUAACAAUACCAGUAAAGUGCGUCCUCCAUUGCUAACAGGGCCUUCACAGCUAAUACAAACUAAUACUGCUGGUGGUGGUGGACAAACACCAAUUUCUGGCCUACCUUCGAGAUAUAUUGAAAUGUUCCCUUCUCCUUCAGCAUUCUAUGCUCCAGAAUGGCCCACUACUGCAGUUGGGCUAACUCCAUUGCACAACUCUAUGCCGCACUAUUUUGGGGGCUUAAUAUCUGCAAAACCAGGAGGACCUGGAAUACCUGCUGGAUGGCAGCAGGGUCUGCAAACGCAAGUACCUCAGCAGACCUCUCAGCAGCAACAGCAACUAAAGGAUAACUUUCCGGCUCCGUCACAGCAGCAGUUUACAAAUAACCCAGAGGAUGACAAGAAAAAGUAG